AUGACGCCAAGUCUUCAUGCACUAGCGCUGCUCGUCGAUCACCUGCAGGUCACCUUUUGUGGGGACACCCCACUAAGUAUGAACAGACGAACAGGUGAACCUAUAUUUUGCCGUGAAACUAAGGGAGUCAGGGUAGUGCUUCGGCGUCGCCUCCAAUCUUCCAACCCUUUGCAGGGAAGUUGGCAACAGAGCGGGGCCGAUGCUGCCACCAGCGCACCGGCGAAAGCAGCUGCAGAAGGAGGUGGUGAUGCUGGGUCUUUCACGAAGUUGACGCACGCAGCAGAAGCGUUUGCAUCACAUGCUGCGACACAAGCUGCUGGCCUCUUCUCCUACCACAAAGUCGAGGAAGAGAAGGCUCAGGAGCAGCGCGGUGCAUGCUGCGCCCAUGAGCCAAAGUCUGCUCAGCCUAGCGGAGCAGAGGAUGCUGCCGACGCACCUGCAAAAGCAGCUGCAGAAGGAGGUGAAGCUGGGUCUUUCACCAAGCUGACACACGCAGCAGAAGCGUUUGCAUCACAUGCUGCGUCACAAGCUGCUGGCCUCUUCUCCUACCACAAAGUCGAGGAAGAGAAAACCCAGGAUCCUGGCACAGCGGGACUGGCAGAGGCAGUGGAAAGUGGUUUGGCGGAGUGGACCCAGGCAACAGAGGCCUUCGCCACACAAGCUGCUGGUCUCUUCUCCUACACGAACGAAGAAGAGCAGGAGCCCGAGCUCCCCGAGGGCGCGCGCUUGGCCGACGCGGCGGAGGCCUUCGCGACGCACUACGCCGCGGUGGAGCGAUCGCCCGAGGGGACGGAGGAGUUUGCACGUCCGAGCUCUCCAACCUCCGACGACGUCCACGCAGAGGGCGAGGUGCAGGAUCCGGCGCUUCCGCUUCAACAUCCUGCCAGUGAGGACGUCCUGGAGUCGACUGCGGAUCCCACGAGCACCGAAUCCGCAGAUCCAAAGCCCACUCAGCCGACCGACCAACCCCGCGAUGGAAGUGUCAGCCAGUGGACCAGGCUCACGGAAACGGUCUCCCAAGCCACGUGGACCUUCAAGGAAUCGGGCUCACAGCUCACAGCGUCCCAAGGCCUUUUCACCAGUUUCGAAGAAGCCUGGGGGCGGCUCGCGUUCAAACCACAGGAGUCCACCGUUCCGCCGUCCAAGUCCGGCAUCGAGCUGACGACAGGUCCAGCAGAGAGUAGCGAGGAGACGGUGUUGGAAACGUUUUUUUGGGCUGCACAAGCAGCAGGUUCCCCGACGGGGAGUCGCGAAUUCUUUGCAACGCAGAAGACCGCCGAUGGAAUUGCGAAGGUGAUGCGUGGGGGGACGGCGUUGCAGACGGAAGGGGCGCGAGAAUCUCUGGCCGCCCUGGGAGCUUUGGGGCCGACCGCCAUAGCAGACGCAUGGGAAGAAGUUGAGCAAUGGCUGGCAGAGAGAGGCUAUGGAUGGAGCGUCGAAGGUGCUCGACCGGCUGAGGUUUGGGGCGAUGACCUUCCCCAAAAUUUGAAGACAGCCGUGGCUUUGAAUGCCGGGCUAGAACUGCCACAGCUGCCAGGAAGCAAAGAAGGGGAAGAAUGGUGGGAACUGCAGUGGCACGGCAGCAAUAUCUACGGCAUCGCAAACGCGAUGGCCUUUGGAGAACUUCUGCCGUCAGAGGAGCCGCUGCGAAGAGACACGGCUGGGCUUGCAAAAUGGUACUUCUUGUUGCGUUUUCAUGCCACGGGCUUGCAGCUCUUACCGCCCUCCAAAUUGGCCGUCGGGAGGUGCUGGCGCUGUGGCCAAGAGAUUCAAGCAGAACUGGAGGCGGUCGAAGCACAUGAGGAGGUCUGCAGUCGCCCCAUGCAACAGCUUCUCGACGCCGCCGAGCUCCUUGCACCAGGUGAGCCUGGCGACUCAGAAGUGCCAGGUGGCACCGAAGCGAGCGGAGCCAGCGGCGCGACCUCUCCUACGUCGUCGUCUUUGCUGUCGUGGACUGCUCCAGGAGUGAAUGCCUUGGCUGGCUUGAAGCAAUCGGUCAAGGACACCUCGGCUCAUGUGGUCAGUCAAGCCUACAGGGCUGCGGGUUAUGGAGGCAAACCGGAGACGCCGUUGACGCCCUCGAUGGAUCCCGUGGAGGUCUAUGGACGGAUCGAGGACACGGUCGAGACCUUGGUGCUGUUGCUCUUGGAUCCCGUGCUGAAGGGCAUUCCCUCCUUGGGCAUUCUCCCGGCCCGUGUGGAAGCUCGACGCAGUGUCGGUGAGCACGGCACCGCCGCCGCUGCGGUGGCUGCGCUGCGGGCGCAGGCAGAGGCGGAAGACUCCGAGUGUGGCAUGUCCCAACGCCUGGUGCGCAAGGUCUCGGAGCUGCUGGUGAUGCGCUUCCUGCCGGUGGUGGGCGCUGGCGCCUUCCUGAGCUACACCAUCUACUCCCGGCUGCGCCUGGCCGCGCUGGUCGCCGAGAUGAACGGUCACAACGCGGAAGAUCCGGAAGUGCAGGGCCUGCUCUUCUUCUGCAUUCUCCCCGGCGGGGAGCAGUCGCCCAGCGACGCCGAGACCGAGACGGCAACGGCGUCACCGUCAGGUCGAUCGAAGCCGGUGGCCCUCCGGGCGGCCCGGGGCCUGGGCCACGGCCUGGCGCGGCAGGUGCUUCAGAGGUCCACCGGCUGGCGCUCGGCCUCGGACCUCUAUGACCUGGCGGCCGCCAUUUGCUCGGAGCGUGAACCGGGAGAGGCCUGCGGGCCUCAAACAUGCACCGUGCAGAGGGCUCAGCUGCUGUUCCAAGUGUCGAAGACACGACACCCCGUGCUUCUGCUCCUCCUGGCGCUGGGCGCCGCGGCGCCGCUGCUGGUCACCUUGGUGUCUCAGAUUUGGCGCCUUUGCCCACGCGUGGGCGCCACGGUGCUCCUGCUGGGCGUCACCCUGCUGACUCUUUGGCGCUGGGAGCUCCUGGACGUCGCCUUGGAGCGGCCACAGUGGGUCUCCAGCGUGGUGCUGCUCGUGCACGCGGCCUUGCCGCUGUUUGCAGCCUUCUCCGCCACCCGCUUGGUCGUGGAGGGCUUGGUUCGGCCCGCAACGACGGACCACUCCUACCUCCUCUUCUUGCUUCUGGGAGUUUGGACGUGGCUUCCGCUGUGGCAGAGGAUGCAGGCCACCGCGGCACCACUGGCACUGGAGCAUGUCGCACAGCUUCAACGAGCACUGCUGGGGCUUUUGCUGGCAAUGGGCAGCUGGGACCUCUUGGGCACUGAUGCGUUGGCCUACCAUGGCUGGGCGGUCUUCGGUACCUUGCGCUCGGCGCAUUGGUUCUUGGGCCUCUUGCAGGUGCAGGCCUUGGAGUGCCAACUGCAGCUGGUCACCCUGCUUCGGCAACGGGAGGUUCUGCUGCAUGUUCUAGGCGCCACUCACAUGAUGGGCCUGGCGAUCCUGCUCUUUCUCGGCGGCAUCACCGCCUCCGUGGGCUUCCUCGUCUCCCGCAAAGACUUCCUGCACUUCGUGGAAACCUUGGCUCCUCCGCCCCGGAUCACCGCUGCCAUCGUCAUGCUCCGCCGGGAGAACGCGGUCUGCGCCUUAGCCUUGGGCGGUGCUGCAGGUUUCCUGUGGCAGCUCCCCCCCAGGUGA